AUGUACAUUGUGUGCAAUGCCAUGCCAUCGAAGAAGAGUGCAGAUGCACACAAUGCGGUGCGACCGACCAACAAAAUCAAAUUAUCGGCGACUUCUGUUGAUCUCAUCUCCGUCGAGAUCGAGACUCACUCGAGAGCGAUCCUUAUUUACGGGGCUUUUCUUCUGGACUCCCAGAGCGGCCAAGGCGAAGAGGACAUCAGAGCGCGUGCGCUGGCUAGGGAGAGGGGGGGCGGGGCAAUGGUGAGCACGAGCACCCACACGUCGGUGCAGCGGCGGCGGAGGCAAUGGACGCUGGCGCUGGUGACGGUGGCGUCGCUGCUGGAGCGCGCCGACGAGGCCCUGCUGCCGGCCGUGUACAGGGAGGUGGGCGCCGAGCUGGGCGCCUCCCCGGCCGCGCUGGGCUCCCUCACGCUGUGCCGCGCGCUCGUCCAGGCCGUGUGCUACCCGCUCGCGGCGUGCGCCGCGGCGCGCCACGACCGCGCGCGCGUCGUCGCCGCGGGCGCCUUCCUCUGGGCCGUCGCCACCAUACUCGUCGGCGUCUCCGGCACUUUUCUCCAGAUGGCGAUCGCGAGGGGGUUUAACGGCGUCGGCCUGGCGCUGGUGGUGCCGGCGAUGAACUCCCUGGCGGCCGACUACAGCGACGACACGACGCGCGGCUCGGCGUUCGGGUGGCUGGGGAUGGCGAGCCGCCUGGGCGCCAUGAUGGGGGGCACACUCGGCGUGCUGCUCGCGCCCACGACCUUCCUCGGCGUCCCCGGCUGGCGCCUGGCAUUCCACGUACUCGCGCUUCUCAGCGUCGCGCUGGCCGUCUCGACGUGGUUCCUCGCCUCAGACCCCCGUCCGCCCAGCACGUCCGAGAAGAGCACGGCAUCGGUGGCCAGGGAGCUCCUCGGAGAGGCCAAGGACGUGGUGCGCUUGCCGACGUUCCAGAUCCUGGUGGCGCAGGGGGUGGCCGGGUCGGUGCCGUGGACGGCGCUCACCUUCGCCGCCAUGUGGCUGGAGCUCGUGGGGUUCACGCACUGGGAGACCAGCGUCAUCAUCAACCUCAACCAGCUGACCGGGGCGCUCGGCUCGCUGUUCGCCGGGCUCAUCGGGGACCCCAUGGCCCGGCGGUUCCCGAACGCCGGCAGGGUCGCGCUGGCGCAGGUGAGCACGGCGUCGACCGUCCCGGUCGCCGCCGUCCUGCUGCUCGCGCUGCCCAUCGACCCCUCGGCCGGGGCCGCGUACGCCGCCGCCUUCGCCGUCCUGGGCUUCGUCAUGCCCUGGUGUCCCCCGGCCACCAACAACCCAAUACUCGCGGAGAUCGUGCCGGCGAAGGCGAGGACGACGGUGUACGCGCUGGACAGGUUCUUCGAGACGAUCUUCUCGUCGUUCGCGCCGGCCGUCGUGGGCAUCCUGGCGGAGCGGGUCUUCGGAUACAAGCCGGCGUCGGGCGCCACCGGGAAGACUGAACGGGAGAACGCCGGCGCGCUGGCGAAGGCUGUUUUCGCGGAGAUCGCCGUGCCCAUGGCCAUCUGCUGCAGCAUCUACUCCAUGCUCUACUGCACGUACCCAGCAGACAGGCAGCGCGCGCAGAAGGCAGCUCUGAUUGCGCCGGAAGAACAGGACUGUGAAGAUGCUACUUCUAGUACUGCUACUGGGGUGGAUGGCUUAAACCAGGCAUUGCUAGCCAGAAGUGACUAGCAACAUAUCUAAGCAUAGAUGAAAUGACUAGCAACAUAUCUAAGACUAGCCAAAUGGACAAAAAUGUAUAUAUUUUUGUAGGUCCACGCAGGAGGCAAUUUACAGGCUUUACAGCCAUAUAUUCAAGAAUAGAUGCAAUUUACGCGCUAUACAGCCAUAUGUUCAAGGCAA